AUGGGGCUUGGGGCCCUGGCACUGCUACUGUCCAUCCUGCUGGGCUGGGCUGGCAGCCACCCCAUCCCUGAGAGGAAGAGCUUCAACAAGCUGCUGCUCAUCUCCUUCGAUGGCUUCCGCUGGAACUACGACCAGGAUGUGGACACCCCCAACAUGGACCGCCUGGCCCGGGAGGGCGUGAAGGCCAAGUAUCUGACACCACCCUUCGUCACCAUGACCUCCCCAUCCCACUUCACCAUCAUCUCAGGUCGCUGGAUUGAAGACCACGGAGUCAUUCACAACAUGAUGUUUAACACAGAGACAGGUUGGAAGUACUCCUUCAAGACCACACAGAACAAGACUGAGUGGUGGGACAAUGGUGUUCUGCCCCUCUGGAUCACAGCACAGAGACAGGGGAGGAAAACAGCAUCAUUCCACUAUCCUGGUGGAGGGGCCAAGUACCAAGGGGAGGCAGUCCAGCGAUCUUUGGUGGAGUCCUACACCCACCCAGACAGCAACGAGACAGAAUGGAGGGAGAACAUUGACAUCGUCAUGAACUGGUUCACACAGGAAGACUUUGACUUUGUGACUCUAUACUAUGGAGAACCUGACAACGUGGGGCACCUAUUCGGACCAGAGACAGAGAGGAGAAGGGUGAUUAUCCAGCAGAUUGACAGAACCAUCGGGUACCUGGUGGAAGCCAUUGAGAGGCAUGGUCUGACUGACCACCUCAAUGUCAUCAUCACAUCAGAUCACGGCAUGACCACAGUUAAAAAGAAGCCCAAUGUCACUGAGAUCCUACUGACCAAUUAUAUCAAGUUCAGUGACUUGGUCAAGUUCCACAUUGUGGACUAUGGUGGCUUUGGGAUGAUUCUGCCUAAACCAGGAAAAGAGGAAAUCCUGUUCCAAACCCUGAAGAAUGCACACCCUCACCUUCAUGUCUACAGGAAGGACGAAUUUCCAGAACGCUUCCAUUAUGCCAAACAUGAGCGGGUCCUGCCCAUCUUAGUGUAUGCCGACUCUGGUUACAACAUCAAUGCGCAACUUAUCAUUUAUUUCAACAAAGGAGAUCAUGGAUUUGACAAUGACCUCAUGGACAUGAAGACCAUAUUCAGAGCUUUUGGACCAGAUUUCAAGAAGAAUUACCUGGCUGAACCUUUUGACAGCAUCCACAUCUACCCUCUCAUGUGUAAACUCCUGGGGAUCACUCCUGAGCCCCACAACGGCUCCCUGGCUAUCACUCAGGAAAUGCUCACAGACUCUUCCAGCCAGCAGCCAGGAGAGGAGACGCUGGGGUCAUCUGUUUUCCGGAACACAGCAAUUGGUCUAGGGACCUUCGUAGGAAUUCUCACAGUUCUGUUUGUUAUUGCCGUGACAUACACAGCCGUUCAACGGAAAAAGAAGUGA